AUGGAGGCUUUUCAACUGCCCGUCGCCAACUUCCAUCCGACGAUGGUGCAGCACGUCGGCACCGACGGCGCGACAGUAGCGGCAGAUGCCAAGCAAGAGGAUCCGUCAAACAACAACCACACCUCGCAUGAUAGCAAUUCAGUCGGAAGACACGCCGUGUCGUUGGCCAGCGUCGUCGACUCCAUCGGCGAUUCUAUGCAGGCAGCGCUACAGAAAGUACUCGAGUCGUACGGCGGGCCAUCAACCAUGCUUCAACAACACCACCACCGCGAGAACAACGUCGAUGGGAAGGACGACGUCCUUGAUCUCGUGCAGCAAUUGACAUGCAGUCGCCGAGCCGAACGCGCGUUGCGUGAGAAGGUUGCGACGUUGGAGUCCGCCAACGCCCGGCUGGUCGACUCAUUGAUGUUGCAUCAUCUCUUGCGUGCAAAACUUAAAGACGAGCUCAUCCAUGAACGUCUCGUGAGUUUGGAUCUGAAGAAAGAGCUCGCGGCAUGCACGGACAAGCUGGAGAAGACGGCGUCUCAACCAACGGCGACGGCGGACGACGUAUGGAAGCAAUCGUCGUCGGAUCGUCCAUCUGGUUCCAUGGACAAGAGCGCGCCGCCGCCGCCGCCGCCGCCUACGUCACUCUUCCAUUAUUUCACCUCCGACCUCCCGAGUCACGACGAGGAUCGCGGGUCGUUGUCGUCGCCGCUCUCGUCCAGCCGCCACAGUCUCAUGGAUCAGUACCUUCCGUCCACGCUUCUCUUGGACUCGCCGUGUGUCACGCCGCAACAACCGCCGCCACCGCCCCAAAUACCCGAACCCUCCUCUCACGGGGAAAAUUCCCCGUCUCCCACUCCAGCGUUUUCCCUGGACAACCACGAUAAUAUCACAGCACCACCACCACCGACUCGCUUGGCAGCACUUGGUGACCUCUUCCCCGAUAUCCCAGUCGAACAAGUCCAUGCCGCGCUGCUCUUUUCCCGGGGGGAUGCCGCGGCCGCCAUGGACAGGCUUGUGCGCGCCCACCCGUCGUUUCAUCCCAGCAGCAACCGCCAUCCGCCGCCGCCCCUUCCCGCGGCCCCGCCCACCGCCGCGCUCAAUUGGAAGACCGAGUUGUGCGUGUACUUUCUUCAGGGCAAAUGCAACAAGACCCGACGCACGUGCUCAUUUGCCCACGGCGAGACGGACCUGCUGCCGCGUCACCAUCCCCCCAACAGCGCGGGGGCUGCCACGUCAUCAGGACAUUUCAAGACGCGGCUGUGCCCGUUAUAUUUGGACGGCGGGUCGUGUCCGCGGUCCCGCCGCGACUGCCCCCUCGCGCACGGCGAGUCGGAUCUUGUGCCCGCUCCUCCAAGUAGUGUCGUCCCAUCUGCUUGUUCGUCGUCGUCAGCGGCACCUCCAUUGCCGCCGCUGCUGCCGCUCCAACUUGCCCAGCAGAACCAUCUCGUUCACAACGGGGUUCUAUCUAGCCAAGCUCCACCGACUAGCAACGGUGGCCUUGGUCCCCGGCUGCAAAACUACAAGACCGAAAUGUGCUUUUAUUACCUCAAAGGAUGCUGCAACUACUCGACCGAAGAAUGCCGGUUUGCCCAUGGCGAGAGCGACCUCCGCACGAUCGAAAGCAACGCCAUACAUGGAUCUUCCACCAUGCAGCUCUCGGGUAGCGCCGCCGCCAUGGUGGACUGGAGCUCGAGUGGAGGAGGUGGAACCGCCAUGAACCUGCAGCAUCAGUUGUUGUACCAGCAACAAGCGACGUCGUCGCGGGCACACGGCAGUGGCAUGAUGUUGCCACCGCCGCCCCCGCCAGGCCUGUAUCCUCGAUACAUGGCCAAGGACGAGAUGACUAAGCGCCGCGCAACGAUUCCUGCACGGCGCGAAAGCAUGAAUGCGAUGCCCACAUGGACCUCGCAUCCCACCCACCAGCAGCAGCAACAACCCAUGGACUACUAGGCCGCCAUCGUCCCCCGUGACUUCCUUUGCUCUCUCUCUCUCUGCAUAUGUAAUAGACAACUAACCUAAUGAAGUAUAACUUAAUGUGAUUCGUUCCGCGUCAUGCGUCCAUGUUGGCGGCGUGGCGCCUCUCCAGGACGAC